AUGGUGCUCGCCCUAGCCCUCAAAGCCGAGCUCGCGGGCGUCACGGACCUGCGCCCGCUGGACACGGAGGACGCGCCCUUUUACUACACGUUCAAGGUGCAGUGCACGUCGUGCCGCGAGACGCACCCGAACUGGGUGUCUGUGAGCCGGUUCGAGCAGAACGAGAUCAGCGGCAGCAAGGGCGAGGCCAAUUUUGUGUGGAAGUGCAAGAACUGCAAGAGAGAGCAUUCGGCGAAUAUCAAGGCCGCGCCGGCGACGUACGAGAGGAGCGAUCCGCCCAAGAUGAAGAACGUCUUGGAGUUUGAUUGCAGGGGGCUGGAGUUUGUCGAGUUCAAGGCUGAUGGCGAGUGGCUUGCCACGGGCGAGGAGUCUGGCACCAAGUUUGAGAACAUCGAGCUGCACGAGGGCGAGUGGUUCGACUACGACGAGAAGGCGAGCGAGGAGGUCAGCAUCACGAACCUGGUGUGGGAAGUGCGACGCGCAUAG